AUGCCAUCAACACAAUCUAAAAAGACUUUAGAUGACGCUGAAAAAGCAGUUCAAGCUAAACAAAAUUUUUCUGAACCGUUUAAUCAACAAUCAAAUCAAAUACAUCCUAGCCGAUUUCCAUCUCCAAUUAAGCGUAUAGUAAUUCUUCUAACUGGUUCAUUCAAUCCAGUCACUAUAGGUCAUUUACGUAUGCUUGAAUUAGCUCGUGAUUAUUAUCAGCUUCAAUCUAUUCAAGUUCUUAAAGGAAUAAUAUCUCCGGUUAGUGAUGCUUAUCCUAAACCAGGUCUUGCUAAAGCAGAGUAUCGUAUUGAAAUGGUUCAAGCAGCUGUAGCAAAUAAUGAAUGGCUUCGAGUUGAUUCUUGGGAAGCUAAUCAAGAAUCUUGA